AUGGGCUGGCCCGGAGCCGGCCUUGGUUUAUACCUUCCGGUUGGGUCUUCUGCUCCUUCCGCUGCCACUGUGAACGCCGCCCCGCGUUCAACUGAAGGGGUUAAGCAUCACGCCUCCGAUCGCGGCAACACUGCGGGUUUGCAGUUUGUACCGGCCCCGCCUGUGUCUCCCUCGGCUGCUGUGCAGGACGGCCCGGUGUUAGGCGUGACCAUUUAUGCCCCGCACUUUGGGCCUGUCUCCUUCGGUGUCGUGUCCCAUGUACCGAUUGAUCUGGAGGAGUUAGUGAUACAUGUGCAGAGGUCGAGCAUGCUUCCGGCCCCCGGCUUGGAUCUCAUAGUGCCCAUUACUGAGCAGAGGUUUCCUUGCACAGUUGAGCUGCUUGCAUUCCCCUCCUUUCUGCAUCAGCUACAGCCCACUCACUACGCAGUUAUGAUUGAUCUUUCACGUGUGGGUGGACACUAUCACGCUGCUUCCUUCCCUGAAGGACUCACUCUGCAAGGCCUCCUCGUUCACGUGGAGACGCUGAUGUGGUAUCGCCCCGAGGAUGUUGAUGUGUGGAUCGGGGCUUCUGAGUUCCCUGCUUCACGGGGUGUCCUCUCGUUUGCUGCAGGGUCCACUUUCACCGUUCUGUGCAGGGGCGUGAGGCCCCCUCGGGCCUACGAUGUCCGCCACGUUCUUUCCUCGCCCAUGGAGUGGGGUCCCUUCGAGCACGCACCCCGGCCUACGAGUGCCUUGCACCAUGCUGUCUUCUGUGAAAAACGCUGGUCUCGGGUUCCUUUUCCCACCCUUGGGACCUGCUGCUUAGAAGAUUCCGUUCGCGGUGCCCUGAAUCUGUCGCCGGAGGCAGGUUUACUUCAGACUAGGUUGCGUCUCAGUCUUGACGUGCAUGGAGACACCUGCCACACCGUGUUUGCUGCGGCCUCCGCGGUGCCGGCUUGGUUAAUUGAUCUGAGGCCGCUGGGGUUCGCUUUGCGUAUACUCCACAAAACUGGUCGGCCGGAUGUUGAGGAUGUCCUGCCGCUCGUCACCUUUGCUCGACCGGGUGACUCUUUUCCUGGCUGCCCUUGUCAGAUCCCUGCCAGUGUACGGAUUGCAUGCACACCGGAGGUAUGUGAGGCCCGCUCCGAUGACAUUCUUCCCAUUGUUGGUGUGCGCUUCGUUUACUCGCAGGUUGGUUCUGAAGAGGUGGCCUCCCGGUUGGGCUUCCACGGCCAAGCAGUUGCGGGGGUGGCGGCCCCGCCACAGGCGCAGUGCCGGAGCCUAUCCUCAGGUACCCCCUCCCUUUCACAGGCGGCGCAACACCAUGUUGCUCUUGAUGAGAGGGAGCAUCUUCCUGCCCCUUUCCAUAGGCUUGCAGGUGUUCCCCCCGAGGCUGGGGAGUUUGCUCAUACAGGCGCUCAGGAGGAUUCGGAUGCUGACUCCCAUGAGCAGAUCUGGUCCCCCACCUUUCUCCUGUUGGCGCCCGACGUCGCACCUGAAGUAGUCAAGGUUACUCUGGAAGCUCCUUGUUCGGUUGAUGACUGUUUACAGGCGAUCGUUGACGCAGCCGACCCUGAGCGCUACCGUUUCUUCCCCAGGCAUCUGCCAGUGUCUCCUCAACCAUCGCAGUUCUGGGGUGCUAUCCUCACGCUCCCGGCAUGGGCUGGUGAGGAACCGGUUGUGGUGCUCGACCUGAUCGAGAUAGAUGGACGUUGUUUCGCCACUUACCUUCCCAACCCCUUCACCCGCUCGCAGGUCUUGUUUGCUGCGCGUCUACCUCCUGAGUAUGACGUUCGCGUCUUUGCGUUCCGGAGAUAUAUCCCUAUGCAACCGAGGGAUUAUAUCGAGGUGGAAGUGGGGGGAAAGGUUACGUUUCGGCGUCCAGGAACUGAAAACUUAGUACCGGGGUUUGCUUUGGAUAACAUGCUGUAUUCGCCCCAUUCGUGGGACCCAGAGCCGCUGCUUCCCUUGCUCUCUGGAAAUGGCCGUUUCAGUCUGGUGCGAGAAGAAGGCUAUACCUACUUCUCACUUGUGGGUGAUGAGCAUGAUGUCCUUCAGUGUGCCGGAGCGGCUAGUGGUCUUGUCAGUGGCGAGGUUCACUUUGCCCUGGGUCAGCCAAGGCCCUGCGAUCUUCUCUGUCAUGGCUUGCCUUGCCAGGACAUCUGUGCUAUCUCUGCCAUGGAUGCCGUUACAUCGGCCACGGCCGCUCCCAGCGCUCAGACUUGUCUCGUGCUGGUCGACCAGCGGCCUCUCCUUGAAGGAUGGUCGCUCUGGCUGUCCUCUACCAAUGAGAUAGAUCAUGCAGAAAUGGCUGGUCUAUUGGAAACUUUUGUCCCAGCGGGGUGGCAGAUCCAGCGAGGAUCUGGGGCUAACAUCGAGCAAGGUAUGCUGCAGGUUCGGGAAGGUCUCAUCCUCACUGCUGAGUUUGUUCCGAUCACCUCCUCUGAUGAAGCUCCUGCCUCUGCCAAUGCCCCACCAAGUCCUUCGGGGGACUCUGAGUCAGGUUCUUCUGGUUCGUCGAAUGGUAGCCACCCUACUUUCGGGCCGGCCAAUCUUUCCGCGGUCACUAGCGGUGCUAGCGAAAGGGCGGCUGCUUCCGGCGGCCGGGAUCGCAGUCGGUCCCGCUCCGGGGCCCUGGCGUGCCAACAUGUGGAGUUUGGGGGAUGCCACCCCUGCACGCGAUGUCGGGAUCUCUGCUUCGGGCUCGCUCUUUUUGCGUGUGCCACGCCCGUUCAGUCUGCUCCAGUUCACCCUCCCUUCUGCCCUGCAGGAGUCGUGGUUGUUCUGUCCACAUAUGCUAGCUGGGGCCCCCUCCUUGCCUUCGGCAUUGGCGGCAUUGCUAGCUUAGGUCAGGUUUUAGCGAGGUUGUGGUCUGCCUGCUCCACUCGCUUUGUGGACGCUCUUGGCUUGGUUGCGCUCAAAUGGUUGAUGGAGCCUGCGGGCAGGAACAGUGCAGAGCGCACUCAUCUCACCGCCUUGCGAUCUCUUACUGUGGAGCUCGGAGGCACCUGGCUGCCCAGGCUUCCCUUCUUCUUUGAUCCCCCGCUGGCCGUGCAAGACGACUCGGAGUCCCCGGACACCUUCGCUGCCGGGCUGGUGCGACGCGUUCCGUGUGCGGUCCUUAAACUUGACUUCACACCAGAACACGUCCCUGUCACGCUGCGGAUUCCUGCUACAGAGAUUGAGCUUGAGCAGGAAUUGCAACUGUACCGGCCGACGCAAUAUAAAGAGGCUUUCCCGGCGGUCAUGCCCGUGAUUCCACAACCCGUCUCAGGCUAUGCGGUGCUCAUCGCCUCAACGGCUUGGCAUGGCUGCAACGGUGUCUGUUUUGACACCAGUCGCUUCGACAAUCGUCUUUUCGUUGUCUUUGCGCCAGAAUAUGCCACGCGGGGUCUCCUUAUACGUUUGGCUGACCUUCCGGCUGGUUUGGAUCCGAUUGUCCGCAUCGGCGUUGACGAUUUCCCUCUUCCGGAUGGUGUGGAGGUGGGGCGCUGCGCACUUCCAGAAGUGCCGACUCUCGGACAGGAGUUGCUUUCGCCGGAUGCCUGGCCUGCAGAGGCAGUCUUUCCUGUCCCUGUUUUUGCAGGGGCCGCUGGUCUCCUGUUCAAGCAUCACACGCAUCUUUACAUCGCAGAGCCUCAUGAGACCAUGAGUUAUUACCAACGAGUUUCUGCGACUACCGGUGCGAGCUUGGCUCGCAUGCGUCUCUUUGCUGCGCGUCCGGCUCCAUUGGAUGCGGAGCUCGGGGGCGUACCUUGUGAAGCCAUUGUGGCAGUGGGGGAGCACGGUGUUGCGAGCUCCAAUACGUGGCACAUGGUCAUUUUGGACUGCCGUCCCCUUGAGGACGGCUGGCAAGCUAUCUAUGCCGAGGGUCGUUAUCUUGAUGUCCUCAGGCUUUUGGAUGAUCUUGACCGUGCUGCUCCACUUGGAUGGCGCACCUGCUUUGUUGGUAAUGUGCCGCCCUCGGGGUCCCUGCCCGUCACGCCAGGGCAGGUCCUUACUUUUCGCUACUUUCCGGCUCCUGUUCGGAACCUUGGUUAUAGACCGCCUCCCCCACAGCAGCCAAUCGAUAUGGGAGGGGCCUCGGCUAGCAGUGGUGGCGUGGCCGGGGCUGAGGGUGGUGGAUCCAGCGGCGUGCCGGUUCACUUUUUGGUCCUGGCACCGGAAUACGAGGCUGAAAGGAUCCAGUUCUUGCUUGCUCUUCCCACCACGGUUGCGGAAGUUCUUCCGGAGGUAUCUCGUCGAAGGGACCCUGGUUGCCAUCACCGAUUCCCGCGCCUUCUGCCAGUGCCGAUUCAGCCUCCCUUCUCUUUUGCCUGCCUGAUUGCGCUGCCUGCUUGGGACCCCGUCGGUAUCCCGGUCGUGGUUGCAUGUCUUGUACCGCCCUUUCGGAUCUUUGCGGCGCUUGUUCCUGCGGUGAUCCGGCCUGAGGCCGUACUGCGCAUCGCUGGCGUUGGCCCUGAUGAGGGGGCACUUGUCUUCUUUCAUGACGUUCCUUGGGCUGUGCCGGCAGAUUCUGACAUUUUUGUCCGGGCGGGCUGCCUUCUGACAGUGUCUUCGCCCAAUCAGGCUGAUCCUCCUCCGGUCUCCCUUGACAACAUGUUGCGUUCAGAGGUGGGAUGGCAUGACAACCCUGCCUGGCCUGGGCCACAUCCAGAGGGGAUUUGGCUACUCACGGAACAGCAGCACCACAGGUUCUUAUGCGCAUCUCGCCGUCCGCCGCUUCGAGUCGCGGUGUCUACUGCCUUGGACAUCCCUCAGUCGGAGCUCAUGUUUAUGCCCGCCACGCCCGCGAUUCGCGAUCACAGCUCCCAGGGAAUGGUAUCCAGUCAGGUCUUUUUUGCGGUGCGACACAACGAUAUACCAGCUUAG